AUGUCCGACGUCACCCUUCAGCUGACAGCUCCGAAUGGGCGCAAGUACUCUCAACCCAUCGGUCUCUUUAUCAAUAACGAGUUUGUGCCGUCCAAGUCGGGUGAGAAGUUUGCUACCAUCAAUCCUUCGGAUGAAUCAGAGAUUACCUCCGUCUAUGCUGCCGGCGCAGAAGAUAUCGACAUCGCCGUCAAAGCAGCUCGCAAGGCCCUCAAUGAUCCGUCAUGGAAGUUGUUACCCCCCACAGACCGGGGAAACCUGAUGCUUAAGCUGGCUGACCUCAUCGACCAAAACCGGGAGGUCUUGGCUACUAUCGAGACGUGGGACAAUGGCAAGCCUUAUUCCGUCUCGCUGAAUGACGACCUGGGUGAGGUCAUUAACACCCUGCGCUAUUAUGCCGGUUGGGCGGACAAGAUCCAUGGGCAAACCAUCAGCACCACCCCCGCGAAGUUUGCCUAUACCCUACGUCAACCUAUCGGUGUGGUUGGCCAGAUCAUUCCCUGGAACUUCCCACUAGCCAUGGCAGCAUGGAAGCUGGGACCGGCACUGGCAUGUGGGAACACGAUUGUCAUGAAGCCAGCCGAGCAAACUCCUCUGAGUAUCCUUUACCUCGCCAGUCUGAUCAAGGAGGCGGGCUUCCCGCCCGGUGUCGUCAACAUCUUGAACGGUUUCGGACGGGUCGCAGGUAGCGCCUUGGUCUCCCACCCCGAAGUUGACAAGGUGGCCUUUACGGGUUCGACCGUGACCGGAAAGGAGAUCAUGAAACUGGCAGCGGGCACGAUGAAGAACAUCACUCUGGAGACCGGAGGCAAGUCUCCCCUGGUGGUGUUCGACGAUGCGGACAUCGAACAGGCUGCCAAGUGGGCGCACGUCGGGAUCAUGUACAACCAGGGACAGGUGUGCACGGCGACCUCGCGCAUUCUGGUACACGAGUCGGUCUACGACAAGUUUGUGGCUCACUUCAAGGAGGCCGUAGCAUCCACCAGCAAGGUCGGUGAUCCAUUUGCGGAUGAUACUUUCCAGGGACCGCAAGUCACAAAGGCACAGUAUGAGCGGGUGUUGUCGUACAUCGAAGCGGGCAAGUCCGAAGGGGCGACUCUCGUAGCCGGCGGUGAACCGUUCAAGAACGUGGGUGACGGCAAGGGCUUCUUCAUUGCUCCAACCAUCUUCACCAACGUCAACGACAACAUGCGCAUCUACCGAGAGGAAGUGUUCGGUCCGUUUGUCGUGAUCGCCAGCUUCACGACGGAAGACGAGGCCGUGCGACGGGCCAACAACACAGACUACGGACUAGGAGCCGCCGUUUUCACCAAGGACAUCGAGCGUGCGCACCGGGUAGCGUCGGAAAUCGAAUCGGGCAUGGUGUGGAUCAACAGCAGCAAUGACAGUGACUUCCGUGUGCCAUUCGGUGGCGUGAAGCAGAGUGGAAUUGGUCGCGAACUAGGCGAGGCUGGUCUGGAGGCAUACUCGCAGAUCAAGGCGGUUCACGUCAACAUGGGAAGUAAGUUGUAG